CAGCUGUCUGACAGUUUAGAAAAGCGAUUUUGUCAGUUUUUUGGAAAAUGCGUGUUUUAUUGACUAUAUUAUGCUUGAAUAAUACUGUUAAAAGUUGUUUAUUCAUUUAAAUAUAGAUAUUGGUCUCAAAGGUUGUUUUUAUUUAGUGUUUCGAGGUAUAAUUUGCUUAAAAACAUAAGAUUAAAGUGAUUGAUUUUCAAGUGUUUUGAGUUUUAUAAUGAAAUCCCCUAAGGAAGACGACAUAUCUGAUGAGGAUAUUCCAAGCGACUUUUUCGAUGAUUUUAAUAAAGAAGAAUUUAUGGAAGGUCUCAGUGUAAUUGAUAGCUGGGAUGUAAAAGAAAAGCCGCAAUCACGAAGUUCGAGAUCGCGAAUCGACGCCGCGGCAAUCGAUGGCGUAAGCGACCUUCGAGAACUGAUCGGCGAUAGCCGAGAAGACAGAGACCCUAAUGUUGAUGAUAUAGACGAUCAAAUCAAGAUAACCGAACAUCGCGAGAGGUCUAUUAGUAGUGACCAUGGUCAUUCUAGCCAACUCGACAACUACAUAAAGCCUGGAAGUCGUCGAGAUCUCCGUAAAACCAAUGAAGCUAUAAAGAAAGAUAAAGCGGUUAAAGUGAAAGAAUAUUUAUCCAAACAUCUAGACUCAAUUGACGACCUUAAGCCCCCUGGAACUGAACUUGAUGAUUUUCUAAAUGAAUCUUCUGCACCUUCGAAACGAAAAGGCCGAUCACGGAGUCCUGAAAAACAUUCCCGACAUUCAUUACCCAGAGAUCCAAAAUAUUUGAAGUCUCCAAAAAGGGAACAUUUAUUUAAAGAUAAACGAAUUUAUUAUAAUAAUAGACAUUAUGAAAAUCCGCGUGAAAAGCCAUAUUUCAAAUCCUAUCACAAAUUCCGCCAGCAAAGCCCAAGUUGGAGAAAAUCUUAUAAUUACAAUUCAAGAGCUCGCAAUUAUUCUAGACCAAGUCCCCUUCCAUUUGGCCCUCGUGCAAGAAGCCCCCCGCGACGAAGUCCACGAGCACGCAGCCCCCGAGGACGUAGCCCACAUCGAUACAGCCCACGAAGACAGAGCCCACGUUGGCGCAGCAGGAGUCGUUCACCAACCUCUUCAAAAUAUAAAUAUAGUGAUAAACAAGCAUCCAUGGAACUGAAAGAUUCGUUUCUGUAUCCAGUUGAGAAGUCAACAAUACCAAUGCCCAUAUCAAAUAAUGAAGGGGACCUUAUGCAUGGAGAGUUCUAUGGGAGUAAUUUAACAGAAUAUUCUUCAGGAACACCGGGGUAUUCUUAUAUGCAAAAUUCUUAUCCUAGUGCCGGUUAUGAAUAUGGUCCAACAACAGAUACAAUGAAUCUUGGAUUGCCGCAGCCUACUUCAGCACAGAUUAUACAUGCAACACCGUCAAUGGUUCCUCCUCCAUUUGAAAGCAGUCCAGUGACCCAGCAAGUUCCUCCUCUCAGUGUGCAAACUUCAAGUGAAAAACCAUAUGAUGCUUUAGCUAAAUUGGUUGUUGAUGGCAAGCUUUCCAAAGAGGACUAUUUCAAGCUGGCUCCAAAUAAAGGUCCAUUCAUGGACAGGGCUGUGGCUACACAGGUCAGAGUUAAGGUGUUAGACCGCUGCCUCCAAGCAUUGGCUAAGCUUUCUAAGUUAGAAAUGCCAAAUCGUUUAUUUCUAAACAAUGCCCUUAUUGAACAAGAACAAAAGAGUUUAACUCCUAAAUAUUGCUCUCCAUUGAAGAGGCAAGCACCUGUGGAAUUUUACUUCACAAAAACUGAUUGUGAAUCGGAGACAGUGCGGAAAAACAGACAAAUUAUUGAUAACGUCAUUUCAUCAAUAGGGUUAAGUGACAUUGUUUUGCGUUCAAAAAAGAAUAACAUCAAGAAUAUGGUUGAUGCGGCUGUUCAAACUAUGAAUCCGUUCUGCGAGGUGUGUCAUAUACGUGAAAAUACGAAAACCAACGAUGCCAAUACUUCGAUGGACCGUGAAGAUUUUACAGCUACAGUGCAUACUCAAGUUGUGGAUGAAGAUUUGCUUAAUUCUAAAUCAGUGUUUAAUCCAAGUGGCGGUGCCGGCAAUCAUGAACACAUUUCAAUAGCUCAUCUGACUCCUGCUCAGCUGGUGUCUCAGCUCGCGGCCCGUGCGAAGACUUUGAAGCAAUCCCAGCCUCAACGCUCUCAGUUCAACAGGCGCGUUCCGGGAAAUAGCUACGACUAUGGAGGGAGUGGCAGUAAAGAUGACGGUUAUUACAACUUUUCCAAUCAAUGAAGAAUUUUCCAACUAUUGUAAACGUGAAUUCCAAAGCGGAAAGACAUGUAUUUUAUCGUCGUGUUAUUCUCUUUGAAAAAAGGGAGAUGAUUGUUUUGGUACAAGUAUUUCAGCUAUGGAACUCAUGGUGAAAAUAUUAUACAUAUUGUAAUGAUGUUACAGUUCAUUUUAAUUGCGCCUAAACACUAUUUCUUUUAUAUUUUCAGUCGAUUUUUUUUGUUUGUAGGAAUCAGCCAAUAUUCUAUUUGGCACCUUGGAACACUUAACAAGGUCCAAAUAUAGAUUGGUGACUAAAGUGAUUUCAUGAAAGACAAGAUUGAACUUUGUCUUUUUAUAUUUUUUUCAUUAUAGAUUUAUACUUUUAAAAAAAUUAAUAACUGCUGCAGCAUUUCAAUAAUUGCAAUGCGUUAUGAAGGAAGAAAAUGAAAUGCAAAUACUAGUUUUAACUUACAUGAAGAAUGAUGCAUGAACCAGAACCAGAACCAGAACCAGUUUCCUGCUGCUUUAACGUCAUCAUUUGUCAAGAAAAGUCACAAAAUGGAGCAGUCUCAAGAUGAAACGACGUGCGUGCUACAAUUUUAUCAGAGAAAGUCUUUUUAUUCUAAGGAUUUAAUUGCUAAUGCUUUUUGAAGCUGAAAACCUUUGAAUGCUUUGAAAAGCUAUAAAUAUUUUUUUUAAUAUGGUAGAUUGCGAGGCAAAGAUGAGUUACAAGACUUGUACCAUAACAAUAAAAAUAUCCUCUUUUGUGUAUAACUACUGAAACAGUCUUAAAAUGUAAAUCUUUGCCUAAUAUUUAGUUUGUAUGUUUUGUUGUUUGUUCCACAUGAAUCUUUCGUAGAAUGUAAAAAUAUUGAAAUUUUAACUUUUUCUAUUAGUUCGUUAUAUGUGUUUUAUGUGUAAUGAUUUAUUUGUACUGAUACCAAGUAAAAUACAAAUUUAAACGAAA